CUGACGCUCCGCUCCGCAAGAUGGCGGCGGACAGUGAGCCCGAGUCCGAGGUGUUUGAGAUCACGGACUUCACCACGGCCUCUGAGUGGGAAAGAUUUAUUUCCAAAGUUGAAGAAGUCUUGAAUGACUGGAAACUGAUUGGAAACUCUCUGGGACAACCACUUGAAAAGGGUGUAUUUACUUCUGGCACGUGGGAAGAGAGAUCAGAUGAGAUUUCAUUUGCCGACUUCAAGUUCUCAAUCACUCAUCACUAUCUUGUACAAGAAUCCACUGAUAAAGAAGGAAAAGAUGAAGAAUCAGAGGAUGCUAUUCCACAGUCAAUGCAAGAUUUGCUGUGUAUGAAUAAUGACUUUCCUCCAAGAGCACACUGUCUAGUGAGAUGGUAUGGCCUGCGUGAGUUUGUGGUGAUUGCUCCUGCUGCACAAAGUGAUGCGGUUCUCAGUGAAUCCAAGUGCAACCUCCUUCUUAGUUCCAUUUCCAUUGCUUUGGGAAACACUGGCUGCCAGGUACCAUUGUUUGUACAAAUACAUCACAGAUGGCGGAGGUUGUACAUGGGAGAAUGUCAAGGUCCUGGUGUUCGAACUGACUUUGAAAUGGUUCAUCUUCGAAAAGUGCCAAAUCAGUACACUCAUUUGUCAGGCCUGCUGGACAUCUUCAAAUCAAAGAUUGGCUGUCCUUUAACUCCAUUGCCUCCAGUUAGCAUUGCUAUUCGAUUGACAUAUGUGCUUCAGGAUUGGCAGCAGUACUUUUGGCCUCAGCAGCCUCCAGAUAUAGAUGCCCUUGUGGGAGGAGAAGUUGGAGGCCUGGAGUUUGGCAAGUUGCCAUUUGGUGCCUGUGAAGAUCCUAUCAGUGAACUCCAUUUAGCAACGACAUGGCCUCAUCUGACAGAAGGGAUUAUUGUGGACAAUGAUGUUUAUUCUGAUUUGGAUCCUGUUCAAGCUCCCCAUUGGUCUGUUAGAGUUCGAAAAGCUGAUAAUCCCCAAUGUUUACUAGGUGAUUUUGUCACUGAAUUUUUAAAAAUUUGCCGUCGAAAGGAAUCAACUGAUGAGAUUCUUGGACGAUCCACAUUUGAGGAAGAAGGAAGAGAAGUUGCUGAUAUAACUCAUGCUCUGUCAAAGCUGACCGAACCAGCACCAGUUCCAAUUCAUAAAUUGUCAGUUUCAAAUAUGGUUUAUACAGCAAAGAAGAAAAUACGGAAGCACAGAGGAGAAGAGUCACCACUAAACAAUGAUGUUCUCAAUACCAUUCUCUUGUUCUUAUUCCCAGAUGCUGUUUCUGAGAAGCCAUCAGAUGCAACUACUUCAAUAGAUAAUAGCACCCAUCCAUCAGAAGGUGAAGACUAUACUCUCUACAAUCAGUUCAAAUCUGCACCCUCUGACAGUUUAACAUACAAACUGGCCUUGUGUCUUUGUAUGAUCAAUUUCUACCAUGGAGGGCUGAAGGGAGUGGCACAUCUCUGGCAGGAAUUUGUUCUUGAAAUGCGCUUCAGAUGGGAAAACAACUUUCUGAUUCCAGGACUAACAAGUGGACCACCAGAUCUAAGAUGCUGUUUACUACAUCAGAAAUUACAGAUGUUAAAUUGUUGUAUCGAAAGGAAGAAAGCACGUGAUGAGGGGAAAAAGACAAGCCCUUCAGAUAAUGUAACUAAUGCAUAUUCAGGGGAUGCUGGGAAAGCUGGAGGCCAGCUAGGCCUGGACCAUCUCAGAGAUACAGAGAAGGAAAAGGGAGAAAUGGGAAAAUCCUGGGAUUCUUGGAGCGAUAGUGAAGAAGAAUUUUUUGAAUGCCUCAGUGAUACUGAAGACCUUAAAGGAAAUGGCCAGGAGAGUGGCAAGAAAGGAGGCCCCAAGGAGAUGGCCAACUUAAAGCCGGAAGGACGCCUGCACCAGCAUGGGAGACUCACACUGCUGCAUAAUGGAGAGCCUCUCUACAUCCCGGUGACCCAGGAGCCAGCGCCCAUGACAGAAGACCUGCUGGAAGAGCAGUCUGAGGUCUUAGCUAAGUUAGGGACAUCUGCUGAGGGGGCGCACCUCCGUGCACGCAUGCAGAGUGCCUGCCUGCUUUCCGAUAUGGAGUCUUUCAAGGCAGCUAAUCCAGGUUGUUUUCUGGAAGAUUUUGUGAGGUGGUACUCACCAAGGGACUACAUUGAAGAGGAGGUGACUGAUGAGAAAGGCAAUGUGGUUCUGAAGGGAGAGUUGAGUGCCCGCAUGAAGAUCCCCAGCAACAUGUGGGUGGAAGCUUGGGAAACUGCUAAGCCCAUUCCAGCGAGACGUCAGAGGAGACUGUUUGAUGACACCCGAGAGGCUGAAAAGGUGCUGCACUACCUGGCCAUGCAGAAGCCUGCAGACCUAGCUCGGCACCUCCUGCCUUGUGUGAUUCAUGCAGCUGUUCUCAAGGUAAAGGAAGAAGAAAGUCUGGAAAACAUUCCUUCAGUUAAGAAGAUUAUAAAGCAGAUCAUAGCCCAUUCCAGCAAAGUUCUGCACUUCCCCAAUCCCGAAGACAAGAAGUUGGAAGAAAUCAUCCUUCAGAUUACUAAUGUGGAAGCUAUAAUAGCCCGCGCCCGUUCCCUGAAGGCCAAAUUUGGAACUGAAAAAUGUGAGCAAGAGGAAGAAAAAGAAGACCUUGAAAGAUUUGUCAGCUGCCUGCUGGAGCAGCCUGAAGUGUCAGUCACUGGGGCUGGAAGAGGACAUGCAGGCCGGAUCAUCCACAAGCUGUUUGUGAAUGCUCAGCGGCUGACUGAGUCUUCUGAUGAGGCUGCUGCAAUGGCUCUGCCAGAGGAGGAGCUGAAGAGGUCGGGCUACCCAGAGGAGAGAAGACAGAACUUGGUAUCUGACUUCCCACCUCCUGUAGGCCGGGAGCUUAUCCUGAGGGCCACUGUGCCGCGGCCUGCGCCCUACUCCAAAGCCCUGCCACAGCGCAUGUACAGUGUACUCACCAAGGAGGACUUCAGACUUGCAGGUGCCUUUUCCUCAGACACCUCCUUCUUCUAGUGGGGAGGAGGAGAGGCAGCUCCUGCCAUGGACCCGAGGAACACCAAGAGGACCUCGUCUAGCCACAGCAGGAGUCAUACCAGCAUCCUGAGCCAUCUCCAGCACCAGGCUUGAGCCAGAGGGACAGAUCUGAGGUGUCAGACUUCUGCUUGGGGGAGAUGGCCUCUGUGGAGGAAACCACACAGCAGUGGGCCUCUCACCUUGGAGGACAGUUUGGUCACUCUCCUGAGACAGUCAUCUGUGGAAACACUUAGUGGUCGUCCUUAUUAGUAUCACGUAUGCAAAACAGAGUAUCAACUCAGGUUCUGGAUAGUGUGGAGGUAGCAUUUAGUCCCAGAAUCUGUGUUCGUAAAUUGCCAUGUGUCAUUCUGUUUAUUCGGUCACCUGAUGGUCAGCUUUAUUACGCUAUUUGAUAAACAUCUGAAUAUCCUAGGAGAAAAACUAGAAUUGCAGUUUUGUUUUUCUACGUCACUGUAACCAAAUGUAUUCCUACUGAUCAGUCUGUACAUAACAUUUGGCUGCAAUUUGGUUCAGUGUGUGCAUCUGUCUGUCUGUCUUGUAGGAUCUCUUUGUCCUCUUUGUUGUACCCCUGCUUUUGCACUUUACUUCUCUGUGUUGCUGGCUGGGGACGGUAUUUAAUAAAAUCAUAUGAGCACAUGCUAAUCACACAGCCUGGGAACAGAACAUCGUGCAGUUGGUGAGCCAUGAUGUAUGUGCUAGUGCUAGUGGGCAGAACUUGAUGACUGCUGGGCUCUUGUAGUGGAGAGCGACUGGGCUGUGGCGGUCGGUACAGGGAUGAUGGCACCACCCAUUGUGUGGCUCAGUCUGUCACUGCAGGACCUCUGGGGAUUGUAAAUUAUUCUGGGACCUAAAAUUCCCACUUGAAUCCAAAGUGAAAUAUGGUUAUGAUGAAGUGUAAAUUCUGCCUGUGCGAUUUUUAAAAACUGAUAGAACUGCACAAACCCUGUGUUACUAUUUUUUAUAAAAAAAACAAACAAAAAAACAAAACAGAACAAAUCUAUAUACAUUUAUCUGUAGAGUGUGCGCAGACGCGUCUGUGUGUGCAUAGGGGCCAGGUGUUGACCCCAGGCUUCACAGUGCUUUUCUCUGAGCUGCUGGACUUUGCUUCUUAGAAACCCAUAGAUACUGGCUGAGGCCCGAGUGUCAGACCACGUAGAAGAUGGUUCCCACAGGACAGUGUCUGUCUGCUUUCCUGGGUGUGGACAGAACUCUACAGUGAGAAGAUUGGUCUAAAACGGAAUAGUUUACCUAAUAAAAUGGUCUGGUGUCUAUGUGGCUACUUGUG